UAGCAUUGUUCGUUCAUCAGUUGGGGAAUUGCUGGUGGUUUCGUUUGGUAAGAGUAUUUAAAGAAAUGGCCUCAACCACUGAGAACCAUCACCACUGAGAAAGGCUAAAUUUUUACAGGCAAACAUGAGGAUUUUGGUAACUGGUGGUGCCGGUUUCAUUGGUUCUCACCUGGUUGACAGGCUAAUGCAGAAUGAGAAGAAUGAGGUGAUUGUUGCAGACAACUAUUUUACAGGAUCGAAAGAUAACCUCAAGCAAUGGAUCGGGCAUCCGAGAUUUGAGCUCAUACGUCAUGAUGUCACUGAGCCAUUGAUGGUUGAAGUUGACCGGAUUUAUCAUCUUGCAUGUCCCGCUUCCCCAAUUUUCUACAAAUACAAUCCUGUGAAGACAAUUAAGACAAAUGUAAUUGGGACACUUAACAUGUUGGGACUUGCAAAGAGAGUUGGUGCAAGGAUUCUGCUCACUUCAACUUCUGAGGUUUAUGGGGAUCCUCUUGUGAGAGCUAUUGGGGCAAUGUUAACCCAAUUGGAGUAAGGAGCUGCUAUGAUGAGGGAAAAAGAGUUGCUGAGACUUUGAUGUUUGAUUAUCACAGGCAACAUGGAAUAGAAAUCCGAAUUGCUAGAAUUGAUGAUGGACGUGUUGUUAGUAAUUUCCUUGCUCAGGCAAUUCGAGACGAGCCUUUGACUGUCCAGUUGCCCGGAACACAAACUCACAUGGUUGACGGGCUCAUUCGUCUUAUGGAGGGAGAACAUACCGGACCUAUUAACAUUGGGGAUCCAGGUGAAUUCACAAUGCUUGAACUGGCUGAUACUGUGAAAGAGAUGAUAAAUGAGGAGGUGAAGAUAAUAAAGGUGGAGAACACACCGGACGAUCCCCGGCAGAGGAAACCAGACAUCACAAAGGCCAAGGAGUUGCUCGGUUGGGAACCAAAGGUGAACUUGCGAGAUGGCAUUCCCCUCAUGGAAGAAGACUUCCGUGGCCGGCUUGGUAUCCCAAGAAAGACUU